AUGGAAAUAGUUCCAAGAAGAGAUUCUACGACACUUUUACCAAUCAUAUCACAACACGUACUGCCUGGCACAACAGUACAUUCUGACGAAUGGAGAGCCUACAAUCGUAUUAACACACUCCCACUGGUGGCAGCUCACAGGACAGUUAACUCGAUUCCAAUAGGAUUCGAUAUGUUGAGUGUGUACUCCAGUGCCAGGGUCCACAAAAUUUGCAGAAUGAUUAACUGUGUAAUGCAUACUAUUGUAUUACGUACUAGCAAUGAUGUCAUGUGUGGAGCAUGUGAAGUCUAUUGUAUUGAAGUAACAACAGGUUACUGCGCAUUGCAGCUCUUUGUUCUCUACGAGAUGGCAGCACAUUUUGUUGUGGAAAUUGUGCUGUUAUUUUCAUGGCUUCAAGUGAUCUUUUGUGUUGAGAAAUCAUCAGCAGUCUCUUGUGAUCCAGCUGUUGUUACUGGUCCUCGAGGUCUUCCUGGUCCUGUGGGUCAGAGAGGCAUGCCUGGGGUACCAGGAACACAAGGCUUGUCAGGCUUCCAAGGUUUACCAGGAGCAUUUGGAAAGACGGGAGAUCCAGUGAGUUUAUAUGAGUUACAUAAAGUCUGUCUUCCUGGUCGUGUUGGCCCAGCAGGUCAGAAGGGGUCAAUUGGAUUGCAAGGUGAGAAGGGUGUACCUGGAGUGAGAGGCAAGGCUGGACCGAAAGGAGAAAAAGGCAACAUUGGGUUGCAAGGUUCUGUUGGAUUGAAAGGAGAACGAGGUGACGUAGGACAAAAAGGUGAAAAUGGAGUAAAAGGAGAAGUUGGUCAUAAAGGAGAUCAAGGUAUUCAAGGUCCAGUGGGUUCAAGAGGUUUACAAGGAGUUAGAGGAUAUCCUGGAUACAAAGGAGAGAGAGGAGAUCAAGGUAUUCAAGGUCCAGUGGGUCCAAGAGGUAUACAAGGAGUUAGAGGAUUUGCUGGAUCCAAAGGAGAGAAAGGUUCACAAGGUUUGCAAGGCAUUCCUGGAUUAACUCCACUUUCUGAAAUAAAGAAACUUGAACGUUUGGUGGCAAUAUUAUACAAUGAACUGAAGGUUUCUCGAGUUUCAUAUGGUGAUGAAGCUGGUACAUGCAACAUGAGCACAUCAGGUGAUAUGUUCUACCACAAUACUAAUAAAUCUGUGCUGUUUUGUGAUUCUGAGCAGUGGGUUAAGCUUAGAUCAUGGAAUGGAUAUUAUAAAUCUUGUUCUGCUGUUGAACAUAAGAUCAACUCUAUUCAGUUAGUGCUGAGAGUCAAUUCUCUCCCACCUGUAAAGGUUUAUUGUGAUUAUUCUGUGAUCUCUAGUGGGUGUGCACUUGUGUGGAAACACUCAUAUUUUCAAGUUGGAAAUCCAACUGAUGACAUGCGUACUUUCAGUUCAGUGGAUCGUCCAUGUACUGAUCUGUCUGAUGGUUGGUGUAAUGUGGGUAACAAGGAUAAUGUUCCUGGUAAUGUUCAAUUGACAGUUGCUUAUCACGAAGGAGAAGUUGUGUAUGCAUAUCGUGGUGAUCGUAAUUCUGAAGUGGGAAAGUCAUGGCGUGGAUCAAUACUCAACAAUCCAGUCAAAAUUACAGAUCAUUGCACAAAUGGAAAUGGGAUACCUCCAGAGCCAAGUAUUCAUUCAUCUGCAAUACCAGGAUUGACAUUUGACAAAUUGAGGCCAGGUGUAUACACUGGUAACUGUGAUACAGAUCGAUACAAGAGUAUGGGAGACUGCCGUUGGGCGAAUUGUCAUUUACCUUCAUCUAUCUCAUCCAAAACACAUCAUGUGCAAAUGACAGUUGCUAUAUUUCUUUGUUGACUUUGCCCACAGCACUGCAUGGGGUAGUUGCAUGUUGAUCUUGUUUGCAUUGUAUGAAAUGUAACAUCUAGUAUUGUAAACCUUGGUCUUUCUUGUCAGGACUUCACAGCAUCAUUGGCUUUUGUUGUGGCUCUGCUUUCCAACCAUAAAAGUUUAUUACGUGAAAAAUACAAAACAAAUUGUUUUGUAUUGCGUUGUAGCUUAGAUUGUAAUAGAAUAUUUUGAUAGUUAUUAGUUAUUU